CUGUGUAGGAGGAUCUGUUUUUGGCAGCACUGAAGACAAUAUGGAGUCGGCCGAAAGCACGAGUUCUAACGCAUUGUUGGCAAAAACGAACAAUGAUACUCAAUUUGCAUUUUAUAAUUUCAUUAGCAUGUUCAGUAUCAUUUACAUAUGAUUAUUCAGUUCAGUGAUAGUUCCGCACAAGCAAACGGUUAAAAAGUGACGGGGAAUCUACAAUAAUACGUAAUGUAAAGUAAUAUUAAGCAUUUUUUGAAAAUGACAUUUGAAAAAGUUAUUCAAAUGAGUUAUUGUAAACUUCUUGAGAACAAAAGAAAACUGAUAAAUGCGUCAAGGUGCUUCUCUGGGGCUGCAAAGUCAUUGUUUUUCAAUUGCCUUCACCAGACCAUAAAAUAUUCAAAAGCUUCAACAAUCUAUGCCCUUUCUUCAGGAUAUGGCAAGUGUGGUGUUGCUGUAAUUAGAAUAUCUGGACCAAAUGCUAAGGAAACUAUUAUCAACAUAGCUAAACUAACGUCGUUACCCCAGCCUCGGCAAGCUCUUCUGCGCAGCCUUAAAGAUCCUGUUACAAAUGACACUUUGGACAGAGGACUUGUGCUUUGGUUUCCUGGACCAAAGAGCUUUACUGGUGAGGAUUCAUGUGAGCUGCAGGUUCAUGGAGGACCUGCAGUGGUCUCAGCUGUUCUUAUGGCCUUGGGAAAAUUAGCAGGUUAUAGACCAGCUGAACCAGGAGAAUUCACAAGACGGGCAUUUCAUGGAGGAAAACUUGAUUUAACAGAGGUAGAGGGUCUUGCAGACUUAAUCCAUGCAGAAACGGAGGCUCAGAGAAAACAGGCUCUUUUUCAGAUGGAAGGAAACCUUAGUCAUCUCUACAACAGUUGGAGAGAAACUCUGAUAAACUGUAUGGCACAUGUCGAGGCAUUUAUAGAUUUCAGUGAAGAUGAAAACAUAGAAGAGAACACAAUGGAUAUUGUGCAAAAUAAGCUCAUGAACUUGAAGAAUGUUAUACAGAGUCACUUGGCAGAUGGACGUUGUGGUGAAAGACUCCGAGAUGGGGUCAGAACUGUUAUUGUGGGAGAGCCCAAUGUUGGAAAGAGCAGUUUGCUGAAUGUUUUAUGUCAAAGACCAGCUGCCAUUGUGACACCUAUCGCCGGGACAACACGAGACAUAGUGGAACUGCAUGCCAAUAUUGGAGGGUACCCAGUAAUUAUAGCAGAUACUGCUGGGUUACGCAACGAUGCAAGUGAUGAAGUGGAGAAAGAAGGAAUAUCAAGAGCACAUGCCUAUGCUCAACAAGCUGAUCUUGUCAUUCUGGUUAUUGAUGCAACAAAAUAUGAAGCUCAGAUGACCAAAAAUAAUUUUGUUUCCUUCAACAGUUAUGUCAACAGCUAUAUAAACAAACUGAAGUUAGACAACAUUAUAAGAAAAAACAAAAAUUCUGAAAGUAUGUCUUUAAGAACUGGAGACAAGGAUUCGAAAAGUGAGGGAUCAACAGAUAACUUUGUGGAUGAAAUAUGUGGCUCUGAGAAGUGCAUAAUUGUGUUAAAUAAAACUGACUUACUACACGAUGUUACAGGAAUGAAAAACAGCCUUAAGCAUUAUAAUGGCAUUAUAGCAUUAUCAUGCAAGACAGAGAAUGGCAUUCCACAGCUUUUAGAUAGGAUGACUAGCAAUCUAACAAUGCUGUGUGGAAAACCAUCGCGUGAAAAUCCUUGCCUUACCCAGUCCCGACAUCGUCAGCAUCUUACAGACUGUGUAGCGUGUCUUGACAAAUACUUUGAGUUGUCUGCGAUAGGUGGUGAUACUGUCCUUGCAGCCCAAGAAGUCCGCAAAGCCCUAAGGCAUAUCGGUAAAAUUACAGGUCAUGUCAGUACUGAACAAAUACUAGAUGUUAUUUUUAAAGACUUCUGUGUAGGGAAGUGAUGUGAAGUGUGUAUUAUUGUACACUGAAAAAUGUAACUAUAAAGAACAAGCUAAAUUGUGACAUCUUGAUGGUAUGACUGGCUUAUACAGUUGAUUAUAAAUAUAUUGUGUAUAAAGCAUCCCUGACAGUGCAUCAUACAUUAAGUAGGCAACAUUACAGAAGUUAAGUUCUGUGUAUUCAGCAAGGUCUUUGGUAUGGUGAUUUUGGUUCCUGUUGUGUGUUGAAAAUAGAGUCUAGUAACAUUUUAAUGAUAUAAUUAUCUGUCAUCUGAUAAGAUACAUCCUCAGAUGUGUUUUACACUGUAUUUACCAGUCCACCUGUGCAGAAGGAACAAUUUUUGUUGUUCAUAGUGAUUACUUACACCUCUUGGUUCUUGGACUCAGAUAUAUAGUUUGUCACUGACUUUCAGGAUAUUCUGUUAUUGUGGUUACUAUUAAAAUAUACAGGAUAUACACAAAAGAAUGGUGCAAUUUCGAAAGUUAAUAAGACAUUUAUUUCUCAACUUACACAGGCACAACAUACGCUGUCAGCGGCAGCAACUGUCCAAGUUUCUGGUGUUAAUUACAAACCUUCAAUGUGUGCACCCUUGGUCACAUGACACACAUCCACAUGGUAAUCAAACUCAUCCCAGACCCAAUGUAGCAUGUCCGCUGUAAUGGCCUGCAGUGCAUGCGUUAUGCUAUCAUGAAGUUCAUGGAUGGACAUGGGAAAUGGUGGUACAUAAACGCUGUCUUUAACGAACCCCCAAAGAAAGAAAUAGAACAGUGUAAGAACUGGCGAACAGGGUGGCCAAAAGGAGAAGGUUGUUAUCUCCAUUUGCAGCAGAGUUUGAUUACCGUGUGGAUGUGUGUUGUGUGAUCCAGGGUGCACACAUUGGAGGUUUCUAAUUAACGCAUGAGAAACUUGGACAGUUGCCGCAGCUGACAGUGCAUAUUGUGACCGUGUAAGUUGAGAAAUAAAUUUUGAUUACCCUUUGAAACUGCACCAUUCUUUUGUGUAUACCCUGUAUUUACUGUCAUUUUGGUCCAAAUGCUUUUCUUAUGGGGAAAGAAUUAACUUGGACUCAAAUCAAUGCAGG